AUGGCUGCGUCUGAGCCACCAGAACCACCGCCGCGCAAUCCGGAUCGCAUUAACGCUUCGCUGCACAAACUGAGCGAAUCUAAAAAUAUUAAAUCGCUUGACUCAAGCAUUGCAACGAUUAACGAAAAAACGAUCAACAAUAAUAAACCGCUAAAGCCGAUAUUAUCGCUGGAUCACGGCAGCGGAAGCACCAGCAACAACAGCACCACAGCUGUCACAACAACGACAGUGACAGCAGCACAAUCCGCAUUAAAUGUCAAAAGUGUAACGGCAGCAAAUUUAACAACGGCUAACGCAUCUGUUUUAUCAUCCACCGCUAAUCUACCAACCUCCAUUGCCUCGAUACAAACAUCGCCAGCAACGGCACUUGUUUACAGUAAACGUAACAUAGCAGUAUCGAUUUCAGCGCCAACGCCAGCGACAGCAACAGCAACAGCGACUGCAAUAGCAACUGCAUCGGCCCAAGAGAUAACGCCUACUGGUGCUGCGGAUAGCAUCGUCUCACCGCUCAGUUCGAAUGGCAGCAGCAGUAAUCAAGCGCUUAUAUCACCAAUGACGAUCGAUAACCAACAGCAUCGCCUAAGUUUUCCCAAUAAAAACGAGGCGCAUGCAGCACUUAUGGCACAACAACAGCAGCAACCAAAUUUAAAUGGCACAAAUGCAACAGUGGCGUUGCUAAAUGGUGGCAGUAGUAAUGCGGGUAGUAAUGCAUUGAAUGCCAAUAAUACCAAUGCGAAUUCAGCGGGCGCGUCGAUGGUCACAGUGAAUCAUUCGAAUGCAUCAACGAAUGCAG